AUGUCUUUGAUUGAAAAUUCUAGCAGUAGCAGCAGCGAAAGCGAUAACAAUGACUUUGAGGCUUCAAGUUCAUUUUCCACAAUAGUUCAAACGGACGAAGAAAAUGAGCCGGAAAAUAUUGAAGAAACAUCUGUCAAAAAUAUUACAACAAAAUCUGACGAUCAGGUUUCAGAAGCACAAAAAGAACAGCAAGAAGAAGGAAAACAAUUAGUUAUGACCAAUUUAUCUCAAGAAAUAUCUUUAUUACAACAAUCAGAAACUUCUGUCCAAGCAUCGAGAUCAUUAGACGAUGUUGUUGAUCAUGACGAGUCUUAUCAAUGUAUAAAUCCUAUAUCAUUUUUGAACACCAUGCAUCAAAAAAUGAAACUAAAACGUGCACCUGUUUACAAUUUCACACACGAUCCAAUGACGGGGCACUUUUAUUGUCAAGUUGAAUUUGAUGGACAAAUAUAUCAGAAUCAAGUAGCCAAAUCAAAGAAACAACAGGCUAAGGAAGCAGCAGCCAAUAUAGCAAUGAAAGAUUUAUCAGCCAGGAAACCAGAUUUAACAAAAUUAAUUCGGUACGAAUUAGUAAAAGCACAUAUUUCAGCUAAUCAGAAAACAAAAAACAUUCGAACUGAAAUAAAACAACAACAAAUUAUUCCACCACAUCCUCUAGAAUUAAUUCCAAAAUCCGUUCAAUGGUACGAAAAACAAGUUGCACAGGCCAGCACUGGUUCAAUAAAAAGACCUUGUGUAUUAUUAUUGGAAUUUUGUCAAAUGCAUAAAUUAGCACAUCCAACUUAUAAUAUAAGAGAUGAUGGACGUGGUAAUUAUUUGUAUGAUUGUAUGAUUGGUGGACGGUUAUUUACACCAGAAUUGGCUUUUUGGCAAAAAAAUGAUGCAAAAGAUCACGUAUCUGCCAUAGCAUUCAACAUACUUUAUAACGAAUUUCGUGAAAAAGAAACCGAAAAAAAAAUCUUAUAA